GAGGGGAUAAUAAACUGGUCUGCAGGAGAUUUUUUUUUUUGCAGAAAUAUUUUAACCUUAUUUAACUUAUCUAAAUACAAGAGAUACACUGAUGCAUUCUCUGCUCUUACUCUAGUUUUUUUUCCCACAGCUUUACUCCUUUAAGAUGAUGUAAUAGCUAUUUCCCUGGAUGGUUUCUUCCCUGCACUGCUUAAACAACAGCCUCUCUGAACAGCUCUGGGACUGGAGAUCCACCCAGCUUAUAGCAGCCGGAGCAGGCUCAGCAUCAGAGCAGGAAGGCUCCCAGAGCUGGAGACAAGCUACUGCAGGCUGCUCUGCUCUCUUGCCGCUCUCUCACCCUCAUUCUCUCAGCCUGCUUGGAACUAUGCUACCAUUUCUGUUUUUUUCUCUGGACUUGGCAAAGCCUAUGCACAUCUUGCUUGAAGCAGGCUGGUUGCUGAGAUUCUGAGUUUUGUGCAAGGCAUAUAGAAGCCAGCAGCAUCCCAUCUGUAGCCAGAGAUCUCUUCAGUUUUGUGCUCUCCUAUCAAGCAUGCCCUAUUCCGAGCUUGCCUUUGCUUGCUGACUCAUAUACCUGAGACUUCUACGCUGCAACUGCUUACCUGCAACUUUCCUAGACUUCUCAGCCCUCCACUGAACUCCAUUCUACUCUGUCCUUAUACAGAACUGGAUUUUUUUUCCUGUGUAAUUGGAUUAUGCAGCUCAGAUAUUAGUUUGCUAGACUUGCUACAUGACCUUGCUUCAAUAGUGCCUCUGUGGUGCUGUGUGAUGCUACACUUGAAGCUAUUUAGCAAGUGAUUGCUCAAGUGGAAUCAGUCUUCAAAGGAAAAAAAAAAAAAAGAACAUUGUUGCUUGUGUACGACGGACUUCAUGAAUACAAAGCCAGAGUGGGAAAGAAAACAUUCGGACCUCUGUCAUCCUUGCUCCUCUUUUUUAUUUCUGUUUUAAUACUUCAUGAAAGCUUUGCAUUCUGCCGUAUUUAUCUAAAAGCACAAUGGCUCUGAGUGGUAACUGUAGGACUUACGCUCCACCCAGAGACCAAGGGACUAUUCUGCAGUCGUUCCCUGAGGUGGUAGAGCUGAAUGUUGGUGGACAGGUUUAUUUCACCCGCCAUGCCACCUUGACAAGUAUACCACAUUCCCUGCUGUGGAAAAUGUUCACUUCCAAAAGGGAUUCCAUCAAUGAUUUGGCCAAGGAUGCCAAGGGCCGCUUCUUUAUUGACCGAGAUGGCUUUCUAUUCCGUUAUGUUCUUGAUUUUCUCAGGGACAGGCAGGUAGUCUUGCCGGACCACUUCCCUGAAAGAGGACGAUUGAAAAGAGAAGCGGAGUACUUCCAGCUUCCCGAUUUGGCAAAACUCUUAAUACCUGAAGAAGUCAAGCAGAGCCCAGAUGAUUACUGCCACACUGAUUAUGAGGAAGCCUCUCAAGGAAGCGAAACCCGAAUAUGCCCAUCUGCAUCACUAAUGCCUUCAGACCGGAAAUGGGGCUUCGUCACAGUAGGGUACCGAGGAUCAUGCACCAUGGGGAGGGAAAGCCAAGCAGAUGCAAAGUUUCGAAGAGUUCCAAGAAUUUUGGUCUGUGGGAGAAUCUCUCUCGCCAAAGAGGUUUUUGGGGAUACGUUAAAUGAAAGCAGGGACCCAGACAGAGCUCCAGAAAAGUACACUUCCAGGUUUUAUCUAAAAUUCAAGCAUCUAGAAAGAGCCUUUGACUUGCUAUCAGAGUCUGGAUUCCUCAUGGUGGCCUGCAAUUCCUCAGUGACAGCUUCAUUUGUUAAUCAAUACACCGAUGACAAGAUGUGGUCCAGUUACACGGAAUAUGUUUUCUACAGAGGGCCUUCCAAAUGGCAAUCAUCAAACCACUGUGAUUGCUGCUGUAAAAACCCAAAAGGGGACAAAGAAGGAGAAAGCGGGACAUCAUGCAAUGAACUCUCCACUUCGAGCUGUGACAGCCAAUCUGAAGCCAGCUCCCCACAAGAGACAGUCAUCUGUGGUCCAGUAACCCGUCAAUCCAACAUACAGACUCUGGAUCGACCAGCCAAGAAGGGACCUGUGCAGAUUCUCCAGCAGUCUGAAACUCGACGGAAAAGUGAUCUUUUGCGAACUCUGACUACGGGCUCCAGAGAGUCUAACACUAGCAAAAAAAAAUUAAUGAAGGAAAAGCUUUCCAUUGAAGAUGAGCUGGAAAAGUGUAUUCAGGAUUUCAUGAAGAUCAAAAUCCCAGACAGAUUCCCAGAGAGAAAAUUUUCAUGGCAACAAGAUCUACUACGAAAAUAUCACCUAUAGAAAGGGAGGGAAAUUAUUAUUAUUGAAACACAAUUAUAUCAUUACAUAAAGCCUAUUGUUUCUUUAGUAGAUUACCAUGUCCACUGAAAUUACUGCCUAACAUAAAUACUGUAUGCCAUCUUAACCCCAUUGCUGUUGGAAAGGCCUUGAAAUUAUUAUAGGCGAGACCAGCAACAAAUGAUUUACCAUAGUUACAGGGUAUUACAUGUAUUCUCUCUGUGGAAGCACAAGGUAUUAUGUUCCUUUGUAAUUUUCCGUAUAAGAAAUGAUUUAUAUAGACACUGACAGCACAAACAAAAUAAUCAUGGGGGUGCAGAUGCCUUUGUUUUUUAUUUUCAAAAUGUCUUUGUGUUAAAAAAGCAUCUGAAAGUGUCACUUGAAAAAAAAAAAUGCAUGUUUUGUUUCAGAAGGAAGAUGAGCACCCAAGUGAAAUACGCAUAUCUAUAUUAUGAUGGUUUACAUUUAGUGAAUAUAUAACUGCAUAAAUGAUUUGUCUUGUUCUAUCCUUGUAACUUUGCACUUUCUUUAAAAAUGGACAGCGGCUUCGUGUGGUCAUAUACUCUGUGGCUGCUUCAUUAUCUCUAUUUUUGUAGGAUUAUGAGACGUGUGAAUGGUGUUUACAAAAAGAUAUUUAAAAAAAAAAAGAGAGAAGUUUAUCUUAUUUUAGUCUAUAGCCAUGUCAUCUGUGUCAAUUCCAUACAGGGAAACAAUCCCAUUUUUUUGGACACACAGCCUUGUAAUCAAUGACCUUUUUUUUGCAAAAUACAGGGCUUUUGUGGUGACAAAAAAAAAAUCUAAAAUUUCAUAGAUGUUGAUGUGCAUAAUAAAGUCUGAAGUGCUCAUUCACACAAGAA